AAGGUCAAUUAUGUACUCAAAGAAAAGGGAGCAUCACAUUGACUGACUCAACUUAAACCAGCCAUACAAAUUUCACAUUUCUCAGAUCACAUUUUCCAAUCCACCCGGCACCCACUGAUCAAAAUUUCAAAACCCUAAUUUGAUAUUCUUACACCCCCAAUCCUAAUUAUCAUCAUCGUAUAUAACCUCUAAACCUCAGACAAUUAAGACAGGGACCAGUUUAUUCUUGUCGUAAAACAUGUCGGCGGCGGUUUAUCAGCAAAUGGCGGCUCUCAAAAGCUUAAAAGGGCCCACUAUUCAGCUCCCGUCUUACAAUUCAACUCCAUCUAGUCACAACAGGAGGAAUGCAAUUUGGAGGUCUCCAAAAGCAGCAAUAAUUCCUAAUUUUCAUCUGCCGAUGCGCAGUACAGAAGUUAGAAACAGAACUUUCACAGACGACAUAAAGUCUCUCAGAUUGAUAACUGCUAUCAAAACUCCAUAUCUGCCUGAUGGUAGAUUUGAUCUUGAGGCAUAUGAUGCUCUGGUAAACUUGCAGAUUGAACACGGGGUUGAGGGUGUCAUAGUUGGUGGAACUACUGGUGAAGGCCAGUUGAUGAGCUGGGAUGAACAUAUUAUGCUAAUUGGUCACACAGUCAACUGUUUUGGUGGAUCAAUCAAGGUUAUUGGGAAUACCGGAAGCAACUCAACAAGGGAAGCCAUUCAUGCCACAGAACAGGGGUUUGCAGUUGGAAUGCAUGCAGCUUUGCACAUUAAUCCUUACUAUGGAAAGACCUCUCUUGAGGGGAUGGUUUCUCAUUUUAACAGUGUGCUCCCCAUGGGUCCAACCAUUGUCUACAAUGUACCAGGAAGAACUGGACAAGAUAUCCCCCCUCGUGUGAUCCACACUUUGGCACAAAGCCCGAACCUAGCAGGUGUCAAGGAAUGUGUAGGACAUGAUAGAGUAGACCAGUAUACCAAAAAUGGGAUCGUCGUCUGGAGCGGAAAUGAUGAUGAGUGCCAUGAUUCGAGGUGGGAUUAUGGUGCAACUGGAGUUAUAUCCGUUACUAGCAACUUGGUCCCACAGCUGAUGCGGGAACUCAUGUUUGGGGGAAACAACCCAUCCUUGAAUGCAAAGUUGUUGCCUUUGAUGGAGUGGCUCUUUGUAGAGCCGAAUCCAAUUGGAUUAAAUACAGCUCUUUCUCAGCUUGGGGUUGUAAGGCCUGUUUUCCGGUUGCCAUAUGUACCACUGCCUUUGGCCAAAAGAGUAGAGUUUGUUAAUAUAGUGAAAGAAAUAGGGAGAGAACACUUUGUAGGAGAAAAAGAUGUUCAGGUUCUUGAAGAUGACGAUUUUGUUUUAAUAGGUCGAUAUUAGGCUGUAAUCUUGAGCUUGAGAGCAAUGAGUACCUUGGUGUGUUUCUUCCUAGUGUGUUAUGCAUUUUGUGACAUAAUGAGACUGCUUCCUGUUUGUGUAUUAUAAUUAUGUUGGGUAUGAAAAUCCAUUUGGAGCA